AUUUCUCCUUAAACCAUCGCUAGCAAAACCGAUACGCAUGAAGCCAGAGAGAAAGACAGAGAGCCGCGUAAAUUCGCGAGAAGGAACAAAACCUCACCUCGUCAUUUCCCAUGGCGAAUCAACACAGUCCAAGAAUCACGGAUUCCUCCAAUAAAGGUUGCAUGCCCAGAUUCUCCAUUUCCGUUUCUGGUUCUAAAUGGAUCUUGAAGGCAAAGAAGAGGGCUGGGUUUGGGUCCGUCGCCCUAACGAAGGGGAUUCGAAGUUCUGGGGAUUAAUGGAUCCAAUUCAGGAUCCGCCUCCGUCGCCGCCGCCGCCGCCGCUGACGGUGGUGUUUACAGAGCCUGCGAAGCAUUGGACCGAUGCUGCUCCAAUCGGAAACGGCCGCCUCGGGGCGAUGAUCUGGGGCGGCGUCUGCACGGAAACUCUCCAACUCAACCAUGAUACUCUCUGGACUGGCAUGCCUGGUGACUAUACAAAUCGGCAAAGUCCAGUUGUCGUUUCUAAUGUGAGAAAACUUGUUGAUAAUGGACAAUUUGUGGAAGCCUCUCUAGCAGCAAAUGGUUUGUUAGGUCAUCUAUCAGAAGUUUACCAACCACUUGGAAAUAUCAACAUAGAUUUUGAUGAUUGCCCUGUUGGAUAUUCUGCUUAUGGAAGAGAACUUAAUUUAACAACUGCAACCGUUAAGGUGUCAUAUACUGUUGGUGAUGUGGAGUUCACAAGAGAACAUUUCUGUUCAUAUCCGCAUCAAGUGCUUGUAACCAAUAUUUCUUCAAAUAAAUCAGGCAGCCUCUCAUUUACAGUAUCUUUGGACAGUGAGUUGCCAUACCAUUCAAGUGUGAAUGCUGCAAACCAAAUUAUCAUGGAAGGUAGUUGUCCUGCUAAAAGGAUCCUACAAAAAGGCAAUACAUCUGUAGAUCUGGAGGGAAUUCAGUUCUCUGCAGUUAUUGAUUUGCAGAUAGGCGGCGAAGCUGGUACGAUACGUGUUGUAGAUGAUAAUAAGUUGAAAGUUGAAGGCUCAGACUGGGCUGUUUUACUUCUAGCAGCUUCUUCCUCAUUCGAAGGGCCAUUCACAAAACCCUCAGAUUCUAAGAAGGAUCCUACUUUGGCAUCAGUGGACACAUUGAAUGCUAUUAGGAACAUGUCUUUCUCCAAGUUACUUGCAUAUCAUUUGGAUGAUUAUCAGAAUCUUUUUAAUCGUGUUUCUUUGCAACUGUCCAAGGGAUCCAAUGCGACAACUGAAGAUAGUAGGCCUAUCAAUCAGAUUCAGGCCAGAACUCAGAAAAGUCUCAUUGCAAGUUCUUGUGGAAGACCAAAAUUAUCAGCACCUGCCAUAACAACUAAAUCGACAAAAAAUGCUAUGGUAUCUACUGCAGAAAGAGUGAAAUCUUUCAAUGUUAACGAGGACCCAUCUUUGGUAGAACUUCUAUUCCAAUAUGGCCGAUAUUUGCUCAUCUCUUGCUCAAGGCCUGGAACUCAGGUGGCAAACUUGCAGGGAAUAUGGAACAAGGAAACUGAACCAGCAUGGGAUGCAGCUCCUCACUUGAAUAUCAACCUGCAAAUGAAUUAUUGGCCAUCACUUUCUUGCAAUCUUAGUGAAUGUCAAGAACCAUUAUUUGAUUACAUUGCUUCUCUGUCCGUCAAUGGGGCUAGAACAGCAAAAGUCAAUUAUGAAGCAAAUGGUUGGGUGACUCACCACAUCUCAGAUAUAUGGGCGAAAACAUCACCUGAUCGUGGUAAGCCCAAGUAUGCCGUGUGGCCAAUAGGUGGGGCUUGGCUGUGUACUCAUUUGUGGGAACAUUAUUCGUUUACUAUGGAUAAGGUUUUUCUAGAGAAUAUAGCAUAUCCAUUAUUAGAAGGAUGUGCUCUUUUUCUGUUAGACUGGUUGAUUGAAGGACAGAGAGGAUAUUUGGAAACAAAUCCUUCAACUUCACCCGAACAUUUGUUUAUUGCACCUGACGGCCAGACUGCAAGCAUCAGUUACUCAACGACCAUGGAUAUGGCUAUCAUCAAAGAAAUAUUUUCUAUCAUUACAUAUGCUGCGGAGGUUUUGGAAAAAUCUGAUAGCUGUUUAAUCAAUCAAAUAAAGAUAGCACUACUGAAGUUGCCACCCACACGAAUCUCUUGGGAUGGUUCUGUUAUGGAAUGGGCACAAGAUUUUGAGGAUCCUGAAGUUCACCAUAGGCAUUUGUCACACUUAUUUGGUCUUUUCCCAGGUCACACGAUGACACUGUGGAGUACGCCUGAUUUGUGUAAAGCUGCUGCCAAAAGCCUCUACAAGAGAGGAGAUGAGGGCCCUGGAUGGUCGACUACGUGGAAGAUGGCUCUAUGGGCUCACCUUCACAACAGCGAACAUGCAUACAAAUUGGUCAAGAAGCUGAUCAACCUGGUUGACCCUGAUCAUGAAAAGGCUUUUGAAGGGGGCCUUUACAGUAACUUGUUCACAGCUCACCCUCCAUUCCAGAUUGAUGCUAAUUUCGGUUUUACAGCAGCCAUUGCUGAAAUGCUUGUUCAGAGCACCGAGCAAGACCUUUAUCUACUCCCUGCACUUCCGGUAGAUAAGUGGGCAGAAGGAUGUGUCAGAGGAUUGAAAGCUCGAGGCGAUGUUACGAUUAAUAUUUCAUGGAAGGAAGGGGUGCUUCACGAGGCCUGUUUUUGUUCGAAGAAUCGGAAUUCAGUUAGAAGGUUGCAUUAUAAGGGAAAAGUUGCCAACAUAGAACUAUCCAGUAACCGCAUUCACACGUUUGAUAAGCAUCUGAAGUGCCUGAGGACACACCCUUCAUUGGAAGGAACAACUUAGUCAUAUGAGACACCAAAUGAAGUACACGGUGGUUUGGGUACCAGUUAUCUCUGAGAUUCAGUGAGAGUACGAUAAGGGAUUCUUCUGAUAUGUUUUGUUCGUGUGUACCCCUAUUGCUUUUGUAGCCUUUGAUUAAAAAAAUAAAUAAAAAUAAAAGUAUAGCGACACAAGUCACACAAUAUAAAUAUUGGGGAUACUGACAUGAGCUGUUGUUAAAUGGGCUAUCUGUAAAUAGGAGCGAUGGAUUCGCACGCUGAGAUGAGACUAUAGAGGUGGAUCUUUAUCAGUACGUUUUAUUUUUUAUAUGUUGUUAGGUCAGACCAUUUAUUUUCAUAGUACAUACAAUUUUAAUAAUUCUUGACA